GCGAAUUGUAAGUGUAAAUUGUUCAUUAAUUUUUUAUUAAUUGCUGAACUAAUAUCAAAUAUAAUAAGUACAAUAAUGUCACAAGGCGGUGGCACACCAUCAACGAGCAAUCCAACCAUUUUGCAUGGCGGCAAGGUCUUCAUACAACGGGACUAUAGCGAUGGCACCUCAGUGAAGUUUCAUACUAGACUACCCCCAGAGCUGGAUGGCAUGAUUGAACGGCACGUCUUUGAGGCGACGAUUAACAGGCUUAACGAAUUUUAUGCCGAGGCAGAGGAGGGCUCGUGCAGCACCUACUGCGAGGGCUGUAUAGGUUGUAUAACAGCGUACUUGAUAUAUAUGUGCUCUGAGACACAUUACGAAAAGACGCUGCGUAAGAUUUCCAAAUUUGUUGCUUCCCAAAAUGAACGCAUUUACAAUCCAAAGGGUCUGCAAUUGAUCGAUCCAACCUUUCGUGGUCUUCGCGUUAUAGAGAUAACCAUAUUUGAUCGUCCGGGGCGAACGUGACUUCCGCUUUCGCAUUCAGCCAAUGAGUUUUUCAUGUGAGGCAUCUGCGGUGUCGCAGAACAUCUGUGUCGACAACAACAGCAAAAAAAAAGAAAACAGAAACCGCAACAAGUCAAAAGCCAUUUCGUGUGUUCCCCCCUCAAAGCUUUAUUAAAACAUUUAAAAACAAGUGCAAAAAUGCGAGACAGAGUGCAUGCUCAAAGGGAUCGACGCUAGGAUGAGACCUUUCAAUGGAUCUACGCAUCUUCAUUUUUAUUUGUGGAGCACGUGCAUUAGUCAUAAGUGAAAGAGCUGCAUUGAUGUCACAGUCAAAUGAGCGAUAUGUUUAACAGUUUGUUAGCCAAGGCAGAGUUUAACCUUAACGUGUUAGUUAGUAUGAGUAUUUAUGCGUUAGCGAGAGGCGCGUUGCUAGUUGAUUAAGUGAAAAGCUACUGAUACUGCAUUUGAGCUAAAAACAUAGUUACAUACAUUUACUUAUACAAAGAAACAAACAAACAAUCA